AAAAUAGAAGCAAUAAAAGUCUGUAGGUUGUUGAAGAUUGAAAUAGUACUUGUGCGGUCAACACAUUUUCAAUAACUAAUACUUCAAUUUAUUGAAAUAAAGGUGAGAUUUUUUUAGAAACAGGAGGAUAAUGAUCGAAUUGAUUAUUAUUGGAAGUACAUUGUUGAUUAAAAAAUUGUAACAAUGUAGCUACGUAUUUAAAAUCUGAAGUUGCUGGAAGCCCAAACCAUACUAUAGCCCGUAUAACAGUUUCAAGACUAUAUUCUGGCAGACCAUUGAUAUUUUUUGUGUCAAAAACAGAUUUUCAGUAUAUCUUCGAAUAAGGAAUACUCAAACAAAAUCACAAUUUCGAUUUUUUUAUGAGCAGGUUACUCUGCCACAGUACAAUAAACUCCCUCUUACUUCUCAGGUGGACCACUUGGUACUGUGAUAUCUUUACCAAUAGCUGGAUUGAUAUCAGAUUCCUCUUUCGGGUGGCCUGUUGUUUUCUAUGUGUACGGAGCUUUGGGAAUGCUAUGGUCAGUGGUUUAUUUCUUUUUGGGGUCCAACUCUCCAUCUCAGCAUAAAUCUAUCUCAGCGGAAGAGAGAAAGUACAUAGAACACGGAGUACCAAAUGAGAAUAUGGAGAUUCACAAGAGAACUGUCGUAGGCAAUUGUAGCAAACAUCCCAACCAGUUUCAUGAAAAGGAAUCCUUCGAACCUCCAACCUUUAUGGUACUUUUUCUAACGCAAAUUAGUUUUUACAUUCUCAUGUUCCUCGGCUAUAUCAGUCAAGAACUUUUUCCUCCCAAAAACACCAAAGAGAAAAACCGGGAUGGCUACCAGCCCCUUUUCGAUAAUUUUUCCACUUUUUUCUCCAGAUACGUUUACAGGCGGGUAAGGGAUUGUUCAAACUAUCCGAUUUGUAGCGUGGCAGGUAACGAGGUGACACUGAAAGAACGCGUCACCAAGGAUAGUGGAUGGACAUUCGAAUUCACGGGUUUGGAAAAAAAAUGUGUCAAUCUUGGUUCGUUCAACUACUUGGGAUUCGCCGAACAAUCAGGUCCUCAUCUGGAGGCAGCGAUCGCAUCAAUAUAUAAAUACGGCAUCAGCACUGGGAACCCCCGACAACGGUAUGGCUCUUGCGAACUCCACAACCAAUUGGAACAGAUGACAGCAGAGUUUUUGGGAGUCGAAGAUGUCAUUACGUUUGGCAUGGGAUUCGCUACUAAUUCUCUCAACAUUCCUACCCUUCUUUCGCCAGGCUGCUUGGUUCUCAGCGACGAAAAAAAUCACAAUAGCAUUAUUCUUGGUAUGAGGUUGGGAGGCGCCACCAUCAGAGUAUUCAAACACAACA